AGACACUGGGAGACCUGGCCCUACACUCCUUGCUUCACGAGGCAGGCAGGAACAGGCUGAAAAUAGAAACUGCUUCCAAAACGAUAAAGGGGAUGACUCCAGCAGAGCACCCCACUCCUUUGAAGAGCUCAGAGAAAGAUGUCAGACCAGUCUCUUCCUAUAGCAACACCCCCUACCCAGAAGCCCCCUCGGAUCAUCCGUCCCCGUCCCCCCUCUAGACCUCGGGCUGCCCAGUCCCCAGGGCCCCCCCACAAUGGCUCUUCUCCGCAAGAACUUCCUGUCACCUCCAAUGAUGUACCAACCCCAAUGUGCACCCCCAUCUUCUGGGAACCCCCAGCCUCUUCCCUCAAGCCUCCUGCCCUUCUGCCCCCUUCAGCUUCUAAAGCCAGCCUCGACUCCCAGACUUCCCCAGACUCACCUUCCAGCUCCCCCAGUCCAGUGUCUCGGCGCUCCAUCUCCCCAGAACCUGCUCCCAGGUCUCCAGUCCCCCCACCUAAACCCUCCGGCUCCCCCUGCACACCUCUGCCCCUACCCCACACAGCCUCCCAGGUCCCCACCCAGGAUGGCUCUGCCUCUGCCCCAGGCACUGUGCGGAGACUGGCUGGCAGGUUUGAGUGGGGGGCUGAAGGCAGGGGCCAGGCUGCUGAUGUCCUGGAGCCAGCUCCCCAAGGGAGAGUGGAUGUGAAUGGGGAGAGAGACACUCCCCAGGGCAUCCUCACCAGAAGGGGGUCCCAGGAGAAUGGCGCUCAGGGUGCUGCCCAGGCCUGCCCUCCCUGCUGUCCCUGUGUCUGCCAUGUAGCCCGGCCAGGCCUGGAGCUCCGAUGGGUCCCUGUGGGGGGCUGUGAGGACGGUCCCAGGGCCCCCUGCCGAGCCUCCCCUCUUCGGACCUCCCGCUCCCGCCCCAACCCUCCCAGCACCAGUCACCACUCAGUGGUCCUCACAUCCUACCGCUCCACGGCUGAGCGCAAACUCCUGCCACCACUCAAACCCCCGAAACCCACUCGGGUCAGGCAGGAUGCCAACAUCUCUGGGGAUCCCCCACAGCCAGUUCUCGAUUUGCCCUCUGAAGAUGGAAUCCAAACAGGAAACAGACCAGAUGAAGCUCCUCAGAACGCCCCUCCAGCAACCGUGGAGGGCAGGGAUGAUGGGGUGCCGGAGGAGCUGAAGGGUCAGAACUGGGAGCUGCCCCUGCAGGAUGAACCCCUGUACCAGACCUACCGAGCAGCCGUGCUGUCAGAGGAGCUGUGGGGGGUCAGUGAGGAUGGCAGUCCCUCUCCAACCAGUCCCGGAGAAGCUCCCACCUUCCCCCGGCCCCCUGGACCUCGAAACACUCUGUGGCAGGAGCUUCCAGCUGUGCGAGCCAGUGGCCUCCUGGACACUCUCAGCGCCCAGGAGAAGCGCAUGCAGGAGAGCCUGUUUGAGGUGGUGACAUCCGAGGCCUCCUACCUGCGCUCCCUGCGGCUGCUGACUGAUACCUUUGUGCUGAGCCAGGCUCUCCGGGACACGCUCACCCCCCGGGAUCACCACACCCUCUUCUCCAAUGUGCAGAGAGUCCAGGAAGUCAGUGAGCGGUUUCUAGGGACAUUACUGUCCCGUGUACGCUCUUCCCCCCACAUCAACGACCUUUGUGACAUAGUGCAUGCCCAUGCUGUGGGUCCUUUCUCGGUGUAUGUGGAUUACGUGCGGAACCAGCAGUAUCAGGAGGAGACCUACAGCCGCCUUAUGGACACAAAUGUGCGCUUCUCUGCGGAGCUGCGUCGGCUGCAGAGCCUCCCCAAAUGUGAGCGCCUUCCACUGCCGUCCUUCCUGCUGCUGCCCUUUCAGCGCAUCACACGGCUCCGCAUGCUGCUGCAGAAUAUCCUGCACCAGACAGAGGAGGGGUCCAGCCGCCAGGAUAAUGCUCAGAAGGCCCUGGGUGCUAUCAGCAAGAUCAUUGAGCGUUGCAGUGCUGAGGUGGGACGCAUGAAGCAGACUGAGGAGCUGAUCCGGCUCACCCAGAGGCUGCGCUUCCACAAAGUCAAGGCCCUGCCCCUGGUCUCUUGGUCAAGGCGCCUGGAGUUGCAAGGGGAGCUGACGGAGUUAGGGUGCCGGAGGGGGGGCGUGCUCUUCACCUCACGCCCCCGCUUCACUCCCCUCUGCCUGCUGCUCUUUAGUGACCUGCUGCUCAUCACUCAGCCCAAGAGUGGGCAGCGACUACAGGUUCUGGACUAUGCCCAUCGCUCCCUAGUCCAGGCCCAGCAGGUUCCGGACCCAUCUGGACCCCCUACAUUCCGCCUCUCCCUUCUCAGCAACCACCAGGGCCGCCCCACUCACCGGCUACUCCAAGCUUCGUCCCUAUCAGACAUGCAGCGCUGGCUGGGAGCUUUCCCCACCCCUGGCCCCCUUCCCUGCUCCCCGGACACCAUCUAUGAGGACUGUGACUGUUCCCAGGAUCUGUGUUCAGAGCCUUAUGUACCAGCCAAGGCUGAGGCACAGAGUCCAGAGUCCCGGGCUCCCACAAAGCACCUGCACAAGAGCCCUGAAGGCUGGCUGAAGGGGCUUCCUGGGGCCUUCCCUGCCCAGCUGGUGUGCGAAGUCACAGGGGAGCAUGAAAGGAGAAGGCACCUUCGCCAGCACCAGAGGCUCCUUGAGGCUGUUGGGCCCUCUUCAGGAACCCCCAGUGCUCCCUAACCCUAAUGCAGGCUGCAGAGUGGGCACAGGCUGGGACAGCUGGCAGUGUGGCAAAGCUCAUCCAUCUAUUGAAUUCACUGUCAGUGGAAACACUACCUCUAGUGGCAACCAAUAGGGACCAAGCUUCAUGACAAGACAGCCAAUGAGAACAGGGUUGUCUGAGCCGGACAGAAUGAGGAUGGUUUGAGUGUGUUGCCAAUGGAGACAAAGGCUUAGUGCAGAGCUGUUAAUAGGCGUGGAGCUGGCUGAGUCCCUGGCCAGUGAGUAUUCCCACUAUGCUCACAGCCUAGGAAAAUGAAGGUAGAUGGAUGCAGUUAAAAAGGGCUGCAUUGGAGAUUAGGAUUAGGGUAAGGAUUGAGAUAGCUAACGGCAACGAGCAGGGACCCAUUCAGCCUCAGAAGAUGGUGAUCUGGACCCAAGAGAUCAGAAGUGACCCUGCUUGGUUCUACAGUAACCACUCCUGCCCUUUGAACCUACAAAGUAUUAGAUUCCAUUCUCAGGGUGCCUCAUUAGUCCUCUCAGGCCACUUUUUCUCUUCUCGAAGAAUCCAGAGAGUCUGUGAGUGUGUGUGCAUGUGUGCAUGUCUCCGCUGAAUGUGGUGUGUGUAUGAUCUUGCCCCCUCCCAGAUGACUGAGUGCCCCGUUUCUUCCCCCAGCCCCCAUGUUAACUGUUAUUCUCUCUGGGAAAGACUCUAGGUCUGAGGGCCAAAGGAGAAUGGGCUGAGCAUGGCUUGGCAGCCAGAGGCCAGAACUGGAGAUGAGAGUCCCGGGAUCUGGGUCUUUUAGAGGCCAGAGUCCCUGGCAAGUAGAGGGUGAUGUUAUGGGUAGACAAGCAGCCUGGCGGAGGAGCCCAAGGGACUGAAGAUGGCCAGUAGCUGGGGCCCGAGGCCCCGUGAAGCUCACAAUCCCUUCUCCUUGCCCCAAAGCUUGGGGUCCAUAACCUCUGCCUGGAAAGCCCCAACCAAACUAUAAUCAGGCAUCCAGCCUCAGCCUUGGACAUCAGACUCUGGACCUCAAGUUUGGAUGAAGAAACAGAAGCUGUGGAUCAUGGGCCAUCUGGUGAGCCUCCUGGACUUUCUCGCCUUCGUUGGUUCCUCUCAUUAGAAACACAGCGCCAAGCAGUGGCAGAGAAUGGAGAGCAAUGUUGCUGUUCAAUCCCAUCCAGAGGGUCUGCUUCCAGAAGAGAAACUGCCCCCACAUGAUGCCAACAGGAGGCAAGGGACCAAGAGAGAGUGGAGCAGACAGUUGCUGGCAAGUGGGGCCCAGCCCUGGCACAAGGUCUUUCCUGAGCUAGGCCACCACACCUUCCCUUCAGCUCAUACAUAGGAGCUUGCUCAGGACAGAAACUGCCAUGCCGACCACGGGAGGUGCAGGGACUCUAGGAGACUCACAAAGAGAAAGGCACCAGCAUUUGGCAUGCUCAUGACGUUUGGAGAUUCACCUCGCACAGUGCCUGGCAUAUGAGAAACCCUCAAUAAAUGUUGGUGGAGCUGUAUUGGGGCUCUUCAGGGGACUGUGUGCUUAAAGAAGCAGUGGUUUCCAAAUGUGUCUUAUAAGGUGGGCGGGGCUUGUUAGAAAGGGAUUCUUUGAGAGCAGAGAUGGGUUCUGCUGGGAGCAGGGCUUGGAGACUAGGUGCAAGGCCCCAGUGUGUCAGCCCACUCGUACCUGCACAGGGAUCCAAGGCUGUGCUGGGGGUGAAUUUGCAGAUGCUGGAGUGUGGGGCUCCUGCAGGCUGGGGAAGAAAACAGGGCAGGGCCAGUUAUGGCUGGGGCUCCAGCAGGAGAUGAAGAUGCAGAGAGCAGAACAAAAAGGGCAGUCAGUUGGCAAUAAAGGUCUU